AGUGUAGUUUGCAAAGGGCGUAGCGCUCCAUCAACCACACCCGCACCUCUCACAUUCGCUUUAUCGUAGUUGUGCCGCUCUGGCAUUCUCUCCUCUCCCCAUCCCCCCCCUCCUCCCACCCCGUCCAGCGCGAUCCAACGGAGAUAUCGAAAUUGAUCUCAAAGCGAGCCGUCUCAACCCCCUAGCACCCCUGCAGCGGACGACACACUUCCCGACAGCGGCAACGGAAUAUCUACGCAGGACCAAGAACGUCUGUCCAGGAUUUGUGUGCCCCUCGUGAAGCUCGCGACCACCUCAGAGGAGCAAGUCGUCAGAGAGAAAGGCUCUACCGCGAUGAGGAACGAUCAAGACGGCCGGGUGACCGACUCACCCUUCAUCCCCCACCCCACCAGUGACGCGGCGGCGCGCCCCUUUCAUUGGUACAAGCCGUGGACGUGGUGGUCCGGCGGACCGCCGCUCGAGCGAGAGCCGGCGGGAAGGGUCCGCAACGGUGGUGCGGUUGUCGCGGCCGCCGUCACCAACGGGAUUUAUAGAGCCCUUCUGAGUAACGAGGAUGAGACGCCGCCGUCCGCAGUUCAGGAUGACCGCGCGAAGGUGCUGAGGACCGAAGCGCCCCUUCACACGGCCCUGCAGAACAUCGAGGACACGGUGUACCGCUAUCUGGUCCCGCCGAGCGAGUCCCACUGCGAGGAGGAGGCGGCGACGGUGGUGCGGUGCUACACCGAGCGUCACCGUGACUUUGCGGCUGAUGCUGCUGCUGCGGCGGCGUGGAAGGCGAAGAGCACUGUUGAGCCGUCGGAGUGCGUACAGGCGCCGGUGGUGCGGGCAGACUUGCUGGACUGCGGCCCCGACGUGCAGCAGCUGAAGCGGUGUGCGGAGGCGGUGGCGAGGAGGUACAGCCACGACGGGGAACUAAAGUAG